UGACCCGUAAUGUGUUUUGAGAUCCAGCUGUGUGAAGGGCACUAUAUAAAUAAACUGUGCUGUGAUAUACAAUGUUAGACUAGCAGCUCGUCGGGGGGUGGUCAGUUGCACCGAGCUUGUGUUUCAGUAAGGAGCUGCGCUCGAAGCUGGACUGGUUAAUACUAUGCUAUCUCAGGAUCAUCUCCGGCUGUGGACUGACUCUGUACCAAUUGUAGCGACAAGAGAGACGGGAACAGAGUUGUGGACGAGCUGAUCCCAGCUUGCGCUCAGGCUUCAGCUCUUUAUUGUAGUGCGCUACCAAACAGAAACUGAGGAGGGGGGGCGUAAUCUCAGUGAUUGGGUCCAGCUGUUCGAUUUCAGGAGUGUUAUUUUUCGUUGUUAAGAUUGAAUUAUUUUUUAUAUAUGAAAUUUAACAUCUUAAUUAUUUAAUUGACAUUUAAGCUUCAGAAAGUUAGGUAUGGAAAGGUAUUUACACACGAAAGCAAAUACAAAAGCUGAAUUCCAAAAUAAUCUUUCCCAUUUUCUUAAACCAAAUUCAUAUAAUGUAUAAUUACAUCUGGAAUGAAGCUGCGUUGGAGGAUAAAAACAACUUGUAAUAUUGAUUUAAUUCACCUUCACAAACAACAAAUGCAUUUGUUUAUAGGACCAAAGGUAUACUGAAGACUGUAAGCCAUGUAAAGCGACUCGGACUUGCUGACCGCAUGUUUCAGGUAGGGGUCGGCGAACUCUACAACUGUUGCGCUGAAAACAAUUUUGAAAAGGUGUAGUUAUCAGUGCAAUUUGGAGGCAUAGAGAAGUAAGGGAGAGCUCAGCUGGAAUGAAAACUAGAACACAGGGUCCUGAGGUCUGAGAAGCCUUGCUCUGUAAGGUAAUUGAACCAAUUCUUCACAAAGGAAGGACAUAUCUCAUCCUCACUUGAACCUAAUGCCCCAUAAGGAACAGCACUGCAUUCAAGCAGACUGGCCUGCUGUACCAUGGAAGAGUCUGCGUUUUCAUUGGCUAUGUAGGAAAUGAACCAUUUCUUUACAAGAACAGAAGGAAUCACUGGGAUUUGAACCCGGUCCUCCGAGAGGGGAACAGCACAGCAUGCUAGUGAAGCAGCCCACUGUGCCAUCUCACUUCCAUGGAAGUGCUUGCUUUAUUGUUGAUUAGAAGGUAAAUAAAGCAUGUCUCUGGGGGGGAGGGGAAUGGAUGGUGAAGGGGAGUAGGGGUUGCUGCCUGAGAGGAGCACACCUGUACUUAUGUCCGCAGGAAUGUCUUUUAAAGAUUCUUAUCCUGUGCAGGCAAGAGUACUGUUGUAUGUCUGGAUUAACAACCUUGUGAAUGCACAAUUAAACAAAAGUAGAGUUUGCCCCAUUCCUCUUCUCUCAGACAGCAGCACCCCCACUGUUGGUUAAUUGUAGUCUGGUUUAUUUUCAGAAAGAGGAAGUCGCGUGUGGUGCACAUGAUCACGGGGGUCAGAGCUGCAAAGGAAAAGCAGCGGAGCGCGGCUCUGUGAUGUUGAUUUUAUUAGAGAUUUAAAAAAAAAGCAUUUCCGUAACACACUGAUAAUAACGUAUCUGCUAGAGCAAUAGAAUAUGUACAGCAGCUUUUUAUUAUUUUUUUACGAGAACUACAUUCAAGUAACAUCACAAAGAUUCCCUCUAAUCUGAUACAACAGAACGGGCUGCCAACUGCAGUCCAGGUUUUUAUUUUAUUACAGCAGAUUCCAAUUAAAAUGACCCUGCCCUCCAUGCCACCACCCCCCUUCCUCACCCCCUGGAGCCAGCCUGCCACCGCCCCCUUCCUCACCCCCUGGAGCCAGCCUGCCACCGCCCCCUUCCUCACCCCCUGGAGCCAGCCUGCCACCGCCCCCUUCCUCACCCCCUGGAGCCAGCCUGCCACCGCCCCCUUCCUCACCCCCUGGAGCCAGCCUGCCACCGCCCCCUUCCUCACCCCCUGGAGCCAGCCUGCCACCGCCCCCUUCCUCACCCCCUGGAGCCAGCCUGCCACCGCCCCCUUCCUCACCCCCUGGAGCCAGCCUGCCACCGCCCCCUUCCUCACCCCCUGGAGCCAGCCUGCCACCGCCCCCUUCCUCACCCCCUGGAGCCAGCCUGCCACCGCCCCCUUCCUCACCCCCUGGAGCCAGCCUGCCACCGCCCCCUUCCUCACCCCCUGGAGCCAGCCUGCCACCGCCCCCUUCCUCACCCCCUGGAGCCAGCCUGCCACCGCCCCCUUCCUCACCCCCUGGAGCCAGCCUGCCACCGUGGUGUGUGUGCGCAGUGUCUGGGGUCCGUCUCUUUCAAACCUGGAUUGCCAUCCUGCAAACAGAACAAUGUUUAUGUGCAGAGGAAUGCAGCGCAGGGUUUCAAUAAAUACUCAAGUGCUGGUUGUAACAAAGGCCCAGACUGUUGGAGGCCUGGAGCCGGGAAUCACUGCACACGACAGAGGAGAAAUAAAAUAA